UCCGGGGGGGGGGCCUGCUCACAGCUCGUCGUCGGGCCGCCGGGAGCCCGCGUCACCCUUGGCUCCCGCCGGCACGGCCUCGUCCAGGCAGGAGCUGUCCGCGCCGCGCAGCACGCGCUCCGAGCAGAGGAACCGCUUGAGGGGCACGGCUUCCUGCAGCUCGAAGUACCAGCGCUCCAGGUCGUCCUCGUUCUCCUCCAGCAUGGUCUCGCACUGCGCAGCACGGCCGCGGCACGGCCCACAUCCCCGUCAACUACCUUCCCACCAACACGAACCUGAAGCCACCGUUAACCUGUCACUUUGCAACAACAAGAAUGACCGAUACGAAACCAAAGACCUCGUCGCUGCCGAGCGGGGGCAACGCCUCGAGGAAAGGGUCCGUGCCCUUGGAUAGGGAGCCCCGCUCGUUCCUGUCGUUCGAGCAGUUCCUCCACUUCCUGAACCUGUCGUGCCGCACGAUCGACCUGUCAAGGAAGGACCUGUUCGACGCGCUGCUGCUGGAGUGCUGCGAGCGGGGGGAGCUGGACUGGCAGAGCCCUGGGACGCUGAGGCGGGUUGCGGGCUGCCUGGGCGCGAAGGAGGGCGACGCCCGCCGGCUCGUCCAGGGGCUGGUGCUGGGGGGCCCGCGCGGGGACGACGCGGAGGCCGCGCGGCGCGCCCUGCGGCUGGUCGACGAGUCCGGCCUGUUCGAGUGGGACGCGGCGACGUCCACGUUCCUCGCGAGGGCCGGGGCCCCGGGGCGCCCGCCCGAGGCGCGGCCGUCCCCGUCGGCGAGCGACGCGUCGUCCGACUCAGAGCCGCGCGCCACGCGCGGGCUGGACAGCCGCAGGAAGAUCAGCAUCACGCGGCGGGAGCUUCCGGGCGUCGCCCCCCAGCGGCCGUGCUCGCUCGAGAGGGCCGUGAAGCAGAGGCUGGGCGAGGUGAUCCAAGAGGGGCUGCUGGACUCGGUGCUGCCGUACGUCGUGCCCAAGGAGUCGGCCCCGGCGCGCGGGCACAGGAGAUCCUCGUGCCAGCGCACGGACAAGCCUGCGUCCCAGGGGCGGGACGACGCCGGCAGCACGCAGCACCAACCCGAUUGCGAGGUGGUGAUCUACGUGUCCGACGAAGUGAAGAAUCUCAAGAGGGAGUACAAGUGCUCCCAGGGACUCCUGGUCUCGAAGAUGGGUUAUUUCGCGGAGGUCACCACAGGCCAGAAGCUGGAGGACAUGGACAUCUCGGUCCACUGCGACAUGGACACCUUCGACUGGCUCAUGCGCUGGAUCAAGAAGGACUCCCUGCCUGCCAGUGAACGGCCUUCGCUGGACCCGGGCAACGUGCUGCCCGUGCUGGUGUCGGCUGCCUUCCUGCAGAUGGACCCGCUGCUGGCGGCGUGCCUCCGCUUCUGCCACGACCGCAUGGGCGAGGUGGUCGACUCCUCCGACACCAUCGGCGGCCUCAACGACAACAACGUGGCGAGGGUAGCGCGCACCCCCACCGUCGGGCCCCGCGUCCCUCGCGGACCGGACCACGUGGUCGCGGUCCCCCGGGGCUCGGCCGCUCUCGCGACCACUCCACCGGGCGCGCUGUGCCUCUGUCCAGCGGUGGUGUGA